CUGAUGUACAGUUGAUGCCUCGGUCAGCGGCUGUGAUCCACACCAUCCGGCCCACGCUCUCUCUCAGAACCGCUCCGAACCCUGCCGCUCCGGGCGCCGUCCUCUUGCCAUCACUUGCGCCACUCUUCUCAGUGAGACUCAACAAUUGUCGACUCUGGGCGCAGAUGCGCGGCGGCGGCGGCGGCGGCGGUGGAGGCGGCGCGCUCCAGUCCGAGUGAGAUGGAUCUUUGCUGUGAGCGGCGCCGGUAACAACUCUUCGUUCACCUUCAGGUCCGCGCGACAGGUGAGCUUUGGCUGCGCAAAGUGCGCGGAGCUCUUCUUGCCCCUCUCGGUUCCCUGCGUCCUGCUGCGCGUCCCACUCUCCGGACCAGCGGCAGACGCCGGGUGUCUGUGGACAUGUGGACCUGGGACGAGCCCUGAAGAUGCCGAGCAGCCGACACUGCACAACUAUGGGACUCCCCGUGCUCCUCAGAUGGCUCCUGCUGACGCUGGCGGCUCCUGCCUUGCUGGUCGCCGCUCCGAGCAACAUCCGUGAGCGUCCGUGCCCUCUGAGCUGCAGGUGUGACGGGAAAAUCAUAUACUGCGAGUCCAACGCCUUUCGCGAUGUGCCAAGCAACGUCUCCGUGGGAACGCAAGGCCUGUCGCUGCGGUACAACAGCCUGAUGAACCUGCGGCCGCGUCAGUUCGCCGGCAUGAGUCAGCUGGUUUGGCUCUACCUCGACCACAAUUACAUCAGCGAAGUGGACGGCCAAGCUUUCCACGGCAUCCGGAGGCUCAAAGAACUCAUCCUGAGCUCGAAUAAGAUCACACUGCUGAAGAACAACACCUUCCACGAUGUACCCAACCUCCGGAAUCUCGACCUCUCCUACAACAAACUGCAGGUCCUUCAGCCCAAUCAGUUUGUGGGGCUGAGGAAGCUUCUGAGUUUACACCUGAGGUCCAACUCUCUGAAAAAUGUCCCCAUGCGAGUUUUCCUCGACUGUCGCAACCUGGAGUUCCUGGACGUGGGCUACAACAGGCUACGAAGCCUGACAAGGAACGCCUUUGCUGGACUGCUCAAACUCAUUGAGCUCCACUUGGAGCACAACCAGUUCUCAAAGAUCAAUUUUGCCCACUUUCCCCGCCUGAUCAAUUUGAGGGCGCUGUACUUGCAGUGGAACCGUAUCAAAGUGUUGGCCCAGGGGCUGCCCUGGAUGUGGACCUCCUUGCAAAAGCUGGACGUCUCUGGGAACGACCUCCAAGUGUUGGAAGCCAGUACAUUCCAAUGCCUUCCUAACCUGCAAACCCUCAACCUGGACUCCAACAAGCUGCGGAACAUCUCUCAGCAGACGGUAGAAGCCUGGAUUUCGCUCACCUCCAUCAGUCUCACUGGUAACCUGUGGGACUGCAACCCCAAUUUGUGUCCGCUGAUGGCCUGGCUCAAGGCCUUUAAGGGAAACAUGGAGUCCACUUUGAUCUGUGCUGGCCCGAAGGAGGCCCAGGGAGAGAAGGUGAACGAUGUGAUGGAGACGUACAAGAUCUGCACCGCAACGCCGAGCCCCAUCUCGACAACGACCACGACCACGACUACCACGACGACAGCCCAGACGCCGACGGCGAAACCUGACUUGCUGCCUGUCCUCACUCAGUCGGAGCCGAUGGCAAACAGGACAGCCUCUCCGACCCCCUCCCUCGCUUCCCCCACCGUCGCCGUCCCAGACUCUGACUUUGUGUCCUUCCACAAGAUCAUCGCCGGCAGCGUGGCGCUCCUCCUAUCUGUGGCUAUAAUUCUGCUGGUCAUCUACGUCUCGUGGAAACACUACCCCAGCAGCAUCAAACAGCUCCAGCAGCGCUCCGGGGUGAAGAAGCGGCAGAAAAAGGCCCGUGAAACUGAGCGCUCUCUGAAUUCUCCACUGCAAGAGUACUAUGUUGACUAUAAGCCCUCUCACUCUGAGACUAUGGAUGUGCUAGUUAAUGGAACAGGACCGUACACGUACACCAUCUCAGGCUCCAGGGAAUGCGAGACGCGGCGGCAGCUGAACGCUCUGGAGUUGUACAGGUGUGAGGUUCUGGAUUAUUGCCAGUGCUCGCCUUCCACCGCACCCCCACGUGGACUGGGAGCCCCCCCCACUAAGAAGCAGGGCGGCCCGAUGGCGCGACACCCCGGCCUGACGGCAACCCUCCCCUCCAAGCCUGCGUUGCCUUGCCCCCGGACCCUCUGUCGCUGAGCCUCCAGACUCACCGAGAGCCAGUGGGAGGAGGCGGAGCCGGGAUGGAAGCAAAGGAGACGAUUCAUCUGCGGCGCAGCAUCCCGGUUCCAGGGGAAGGAAAAUAAAAACAUUGUUGGCGGUAGGAGGGGCGGCCGGCGUAUUGAUCGGUAAGCUUCUGACCCGGCUGACCCGCCGUGCCCUCAAUUUGCAGCGGAGGCUGAACAGCAUGACUCUCCACUUUCUGCUCUGCUUCUUGAGCGGCAUUAAGGAUAAUAAUUCAGAGAUUUGUUAAUCGCAUUAAAGACAUUUCCUCGACUGCUCAUCAUCCGGGCACCUCUGCUCCGUCAGGUGAGGUAAUCGAAUGCAAAAUGCGAUUAAGCGGGCGGGGAAAGUGCCUGGAUAAGCAAGUGAGAAGCAGAACAAAUGACAGAACUUUAUUUUCCCCCCUGCUUUCUCUGAACAUGCUGUCAAUCAACGUCGGGACCGGACCGAACUGCGGCUCUUUUGGAAGAGAUUUGGACCAAAAAAAAAUGAACUUCAGACGGUUGUUGUGGCAUAUAAUGUACAGCCUUUACAUGGACAGUAAAUAUCUUUUUUCUUUUUUUUUAUGGUGACUUUUUUCUUUUCUGUCAUGACUCAUGAGUCUAAUCCCGUUCUGAAUCAUUUCAAUAAUAAUAAGAUGUAAAAUAAACACUCAAAUCUUGGUGCACCUGUGCGUUCACGUAUUUGCUUUGAAUCAUCAGUUGGAAUCCUGUGGGGCGACGCUUCGUCACAACUGUGCGUGACAAAUCCUCUUUCAUGAGUUUCUGAAACAUAAUUCAAUCAUAAAAUGAUGCGAGAACAUUGUUGUCCGCUUCUGCCGCAGUAGCACUGUUCGACAAACCAAUCCGUCGCCACAGCAUUACAGGACUUUGAGAGAUGAAUUAUGAUAAAUUAGUAGCUGUGAUUAAUCGCAUGUUAAGUUUCUAUUAUUUUUCAGUCCUGAUUUUAGGUGUUGCCCAUAACCAAAACAUCCAUGACGAAGGUCCAGGGCACCUCCACCCGAAUGUCUAAGCGACUGUGUGCAGGUUCAACUUACAUUUGCUUAUUCUCGAGUCAAAUUAAAGAUGCGAUUAAUCGCGAUUAAUUCAGUUUCAGUCACUGACCACAUCAGUGCAACAAAUAAGAGACACAUUUGUUGUUGUUUAGAGUUACACACAUUAUGAACGAGUGACUUCACAAUGUUUUUGGAAAUGUUUAUUUCUGCUGUAAACCAUGUGGUUUUAAAAUAUGUGUAGUUUCAGUCUUUAUUUCUCAGAUAUAAAGACUCACAUCCCCACAAUCCUCCGCUUCAAUUUCAAACAUGCAGAGUGAAAUUCCAGCAAACAUCUGCAAGCCUGCAGGCCAGUACCAGGUCGGCUGUGCUGGUCCGAUUGGCUCGGAGUGACCAGGCAAGCUACGCAGGAGAUUCAUGUUACCAACGUUAUAGUUAGCGAUGGGCGGGUGAAGCAUCAUGAAACAGUACUGCGGAGUUGAUGAAACAAUUUUUACAGUCCACGAGAUGAUGCUCUGGGUUUAUAACAUUUUACAGCAGACAGCGCCAUCUGUUGGCCCGUGAAAAUCAGGACACUGUUUCAUGAAACUUUAUCAACCCUUCAAUACUGAUUCAUGAAACCUCUUCUAGCCAUCAUUAAUACCAGUGCCAUCACUUACCACUUGUGGGUCUAUGUUCGGGGGCAGUUCACCACUUGGUUUCAGCAGUAGGAUGGUCGCACAAGGGCAGGGGAAGCUCCCCCUGUGUGUGUGUGUGAGUGUGUUGUUAUGACAGUGGGGCUCACACUUAACCCUGCUAAGUGGAUGACGGACCCACAGGAAUAAUAAAAGCUCUCUGGGAUUGAAACAAAGAUGGAGGAGUGUCGCCGUUCAGUGAUUGAGUGACGCUCAAGUGGAUAUGGAAGUCAGUGACUGACCACCGUCACGUGGCUCACCAGGGGUUCAAAGCCAGGCCAGGUGAGGCGUGAACAUGUUUGCAGUUAGAGUUUGUAGACCGUUACUAAUGAAAUGAAACCUUGCUGAACACAAUAGCAGGAAGUGCAGGAGGUGGUGCAAAAUUUUCUAGCAGAAUUUGCUGCAGAUUUAAAAAAGAAAUGAUGAGAUUUCAAUGCUUGUUUGUGACUCUUCAGUUUCAUGUUGUGUUGAGACAGCAGUCCAGACGGACACAUGUAGUUGUCAUGAAGCGUCACCCUUUUUUGAUGUCUCUAUUUUGUUUCUGGGGGGAAAUAAACAAUGUUAUACAAGGAGUUAUAUGAUCGUGCAAUCAUAUAUUCACGUGUGUGUGUGUGCUUUUUUUGCGGAAUAUGAACUUAAUAUUCUGGGAA